AUGAAUGUGAUGAAAAACAAUUUCAAAAAUAAGUUUGUCAGUAACUCUUUUAUUAAUCAAAGUUUAAUUGAUGAAUAUUGCAUUACUAAUUCUGAUGGUAUCACUGAGUGUAAUGUUGAAAUUACCGGAAUUGAUCCUACCUCUUAUCCUGCACAUCUUGUUAGACCAAUCCCUCUAACUGAGAAUAUUAUUGCUUUUCCUAUCUCAAAUGGAGUGUUUCAUGCUGUUCAUGAACAACUCAAGCACUUCCCUGAUUGCAAUCCAUCUGUGAAUGAGUCAAAAUCAGAUACUGAUAGUUUAUCACCUAACACUGAUCAAACUCCUCCUGAUACUGAAUUCAGUCGUGACUCAAUGAUAAGCAAAAGGACUCAAAGCUCUCUUGGUGAAUCUUACAUGCAAUGUGUUGAAGAAUCCAUUCAUGUGAAGUUUGAUGAGGAAUCAUACACUGAUGAAAAAGUCACUCAUUCUCCUUCUAUCUUUCAAGAGCUUCUCUCUUGUCCAUUCGAUGAAGCACCUUCUGCUGAAGAUAAGACUGAUUCCUCUGAUCCUAUCAUUCCAGUUCCAUGUUCCUUGAAUCAAGAUAUUGCAGCCACAUCAGCAGAUAAUUCAUUAAGUGCUGAUGAAACCCUUGAAGCUGAAGAUUCUCCUGAAACUGAUAAUGUGUCAGUGUCUAUCUCUCCGGAAUCAGCAUCAGUCAUUGAACAUCGAGAUCAUCCUGUUGAUCGAAUUAUAGGGAAUAUUCAUGAUGGUGUCCGAACCAGAUCUAGUGCACUUAAUAACUUUUGCAUAAUUCUCAAAUACUCUCCAAUGGCGGCAUCUCUGUUCACAUACUCCUCAACCUCUCGAAGAGUCGUUCCUGCCCCAAACUCUCCUCCACUUCCAAUUCACAUCAAGGCAACCAAUGUCGUCUUCAACCCUGACAUUCCAGAGGUUCAUCGAGGUCUUGGACUCGAUGAUUUCGUCAAUUUCUUGGCUUCUUGCCGCCUUCGAUAUGCAAUCAGUGAUGUACCGUCCGAGUUCUUCCCUGAACAAGUAUGUGAGUUUUACUAUACUGCAACAGUUAAUGAAGAAAACAAUGCCAUCACCGGAACCAUUGGUCAUGGCAGACACUCUGUCUUCAUCACCGCAGAACUACUCAGUGCUGCUUUAAGGUUACCAAUUUUCGAACCCUUUUCUGAACCUCCAACUAUUGAAAGAUGUAAACGAAUAUUUGAUCAACUGGGCUAUGAUCAUUCAAAGGCUGGUACUCGAUCAGCUCUUAUUUUGCGUCAGUGCAUGACCCCAGGCUGGAAGUUUUUCACUGGUGCUUUAUGCAAGUGUGUGGGUCACAAGUCUCGCAGUGGUGAUCAAUUGAGCAAUUAUGAGCAACAAGUCGUCUGCUCCCUUCUUCUCAACAAAAGAUUAGAUUAUGGGGCACUAUUCUUUGAUCAGCUUGUUCAGCUUCUACGUGAAAAUGUGUGUGCUGAUCAUGUUCCCUUUCCACGCUGGAUUGCCCUGGUGUUCGACAAAUUCUUCGCUGCUGACUACUUUUCUCACUCUGGGAAUCCAAUCCAAUGCCCUCGAAUGUCCGUUCGUAUGUAUCAGGAUGAUCCUUUGGAUACUGACAUUGGAAUCUCCGAUAGGAUGAGAGAAUGGAUUGCCAAUCCAUACACUAUGCCUUCUCUCACCGCUGACACUGAUGAAGGAGGUGCUAUGGUAAUCGUAUGGAUCGUGCUGAUCAAGAGGUGGAACAUCAUGAUGGCGGCCAUUUCUCCCCUCAACUUUCUCAUCACCUCAUCUCGGACACUGGCAAAGCCUCCUCAGCACCACAGGAUUCCAUGCCUCUGGGGGAGCAACCAUCACAGGGGGAGCAUCAGUCUCAGGGGGAGCAUCCAUCACCAGCAGCUCACCACUUCUCUCCAAGGAUGCAACCUAGCUCUCCAGUUGCCCCAGCGUCUGCUUCGUAUUGAGGCUGAUGUUCAACAAAUCAAGGAGGUUCUCUUACUUACUCCUCCCUCUAGUCCCAAAUCUAAUGAUGCUCAAAAAAGGGGAGAUACUGAUGAUGAUGCUGAUGCUGAUGAUCAUGCUGAUGGUGAACCAAAUGCUCAUACUGAUGGUGAACCAAAUAAGAAAGACACAGAACCUGCUGACAACACUAUCUUUCAGCAUGAAUCACCCAACCCCAUUCCUGAAUCUGAUUCUGCGGGGCAUAAUAGUCCAGCAGCUACUGAAAAAUUGUUUGAAGACAGUGAGCAUGAUGAACCUGAUGAUGAAUGUCAAAUUCUUGACAUGAACUUCAUUGAUCCUCUCAUUCCAGUUCAGCAAGAAAGCUUAGAUGACCUUGAAGAAUCUCAUCCGAUAUUAGCCGAUCCUAUUGCUGAUCCCAUCAUUCCGGUCCAAGGAGAGGAUUCGGAUAUUGCGAGUGAAGAAUCUCAUCCGCUGUCUCGAAAGUGGAAGACUUUGGUGCUGGUGUAA